AUGCGUAAAUGUAAAUCAACUCAAUUAAUUCGUGGCAAUCGAUCUUCAAAAUUCAGUCGUCCAUCCAAUUAUCCUCCGAAUUCAUCAUGGUCGCCAAAACAUUGUUACAAUAACUCAUUACUAAAACGGCGUGAUGUAAACAAACCAUCCAUUCCAGCUGAAAAUCUGAAAAGGACCACACAUACUGACAACAAAUCCCAAUAUCUAGAUGAAGACGAUGAUGAGGAAGAAGACCAGUUGACUACUAUAGUUUCUCGCCAACGUCAAGCAUUCUCUGCGCGUGCUGCUGCCGGUCGUCUAAGUAUACGUAAAAUACAGUCAGAUCUUCAAGUCAAAUCUGGUGAUGCCGUCUUAAGCACAGUCUCUAGUGUUCCAGGAGCUAGGAGACUUUCAGCUAAAGUGUUACGUGCGUGGAAAUCUUUGGCUAAAAAGAUAAUUUGUGAGGCGGCAAGGCAACGUGGUACUAAUUGUCGAGAUAAGAUAAUCCUAGCAAAACGCGCUGCUCGUGAGUGCGCACGUUUGUUACGUCAAAAGGUAUUGCUUUCCCAAAAAGCUGCUAGAGAUUCAAUAAGUCGUGGACAUCGUCUGUCACGCGAAAUUGCAUCUAACUGGUGUAGCUCAACUUCGAGUACAGCUAAUGGUUCGGGUCCACUUACAAUCAAUGGUGUAACUAUACCAUCCAAUUCUAAUAUUACUCAUUUCUCUUCACUUAUGGAUUUACCUGAUUACUACACUUCUGCCCGCCCAGAAAGUGGAGGUUUAGAGUUGAACAUGUCUACUUCAGUGAUGGAAUCAAGUACAGCUAUACGUCGACGAGCAGAGAAGGCUUCAGCUGAACAACGUAAAGCCAACUUAAAACUUUUGGAGGCAAGGAGACAACAACGAAAACUGAAUUUCUUGAUUACACAAACAGAAUUAUAUGCCCAUUUCAUGGCGAAAAAGAUGGCGGAUGUCAACUCAUGUAAUUGUAAAUCUGAAGAUACACGUGGUCCUGAAAAUGCUGAAUCAGUAUCUGGUAAUGUGAUUCAAGAAGACGACAGUCAAGAAAUCGAAGCUCAAAGAAUUUUACGUCGACUUGAAGAAAUGAAUGAUGAUUCUGUAGAAACAAAAACUAACGAUGAAGGAAUUGAUACUGGUUCUGACAUAUCUGUUCCAUGUGAUCCCAUUCAGAAUGAUCAAGAUUCUGUUGGUAUAUCGACUGGAUCUACACACCGAAAAUCAUACAGCUCAAUAGCUGUAGCUGCAAAAGCUGCAGUUUGUCGGUCGGGUAUUAAUGUCUAA